CGUUUUGGCAGUUCUCAAUCGCCCGACCAACCAAACGGACAUGAACAACGGCACAGUGGGAGCGCCGAGGAAUCACAGCAACUAUGUGAUUCCCGGUCUGUAUGACCUCUCCGUCGAGGACACCAACUGGGUCCUGACCUCCUCCUUCAUCAUCUUCACCAUGCAAACGGGUUUUGGUAUGCUGGAGUCCGGUUGUGUGAGCAUCAAGAACGAGGUGAACAUCAUGAUGAAGAAUGUGAUCGAUAUUGUUCUGGGCGGAUUUACUUACUGGCUCUUCGGCUACGGAAUGAGCUUCGGUCGCGGCCCACUCUCCAAUCCAUUCAUCGCCAUUGGAGACUUCCUCCUGGAUCCACCGGUCGGCGAUGCCCUUAUGGGACAGAUCUUUGCCGCCUUUCUGUUCCAACUGUCGUUUGCCACCACGGCCACAACCAUUGUCAGCGGCGCCAUGGCUGAACGCUGCAACUUUAAGGCAUACUGCCUGUUCUCCUUCCUAAACACCGUUGUGUACUGCAUCCCCGCUGGUUGGGUGUGGGGCGAGCACGGAUUCCUCAACAAGCUGGGCGCCGUGGAUAUUGCCGGCAGUGGACCAGUGCAUCUGAUUGGAGGCGCAUCCGCCUUCGCCUCGGCCGCCAUGUUGGGUCCUCGACUGGGUCGUUACUCCGAGGGAUAUGACCCGCUGCCACUGGGCAAUCCUGUCAACGCGUGUAUGGGUCUGUUUGUCCUCUGGUGGGGCUGGUUGGCCUUCAACUCGGGCAGCACCUAUGGCGUUAGUGGGGCUAAGUGGCAGUACGCAGCUCGAGCCGCCGUUAUGACCAUGAUGGGAUCUUUCGGAGGCGGGUUCACCAGCUCCAUCUAUUCCUUUUGGCGACAUGGAGGCGGAAUGGACAUCAUGGAUCUGAUCAAUGGAGUGCUCGGCUCUCUGGUGUCCAUAACGGCCGGGUGUUUCCUGUACCGCGCCUGGGAAGCUCUCGUAAUCGGAGCCAUUGGCUCGCUGUUCUGCGUCCUGGCCAUGCCGCUCUUUGAUCGCAUGGGCGUGGAUGAUCCGGUGGGAGCCAGUGCUGUGCACGGAGUUUGCGGCAUCUGGGGCGUAAUAGCCGUGGGACUGUUUGCUGAUAAUCCCAUUCCGCUGGACACGACCAACGGACGCAGUGGUUUGUUCAAGGGCGGCGGCUGGUAUCUGCUGGGCAUUCAGACGCUCUCGGCGUUAUGCUUAGUCUGUUGGGGCAUCUGCUCCACAUUCCUGCUGCUGUAUGUGAUCAACAAGAUUAUACCCAUUCGCAUGGAUCCACACGAGGAGCUGCUGGGUGCCGAUCUAACGGAGCAUCGGAUUCGGCACUCACAAAUCGGUUUAUCGCGAGCCAUCUCAGCGUUGGCGCCAAUUAAGGUGGAUCUUAAGGAUAUCGCCGGCAUUCAGCCCAUCGGAAUCAAUCCUGGCCACGAGCGAAGCAUAGAUCAGCUGCGAGCGGCAGAGGACAAGUUGCAGCAAUGGCAAUCCUACCUGGAGCAGGUGAGUGGUCCGCGAGCCAAUCUAAAGAUGGACGCCGGUCAGUCGCACGCCGACAUCAACUUCAAGCCCAGGACGGCGGGCAACGUAUUUAACCGGCGAAUCCCUGCCCGGAAGAGCAUCAGUGGUGGCCUGUACAGAGCCAACAACAGCGAGCUACCGGUGAUAGGCUCUGUGAUGGGUCAGAAGCCCGAAAAGGAUCCCAACUUUGCCUGGGUGGAUUAAGCCCAUCUAGCAAGGAAAUUGAAGUCACGUAUUUUAAGAGAUUUCAAUCACCAAACAGAAAAAUCUGAUGAAAUCAUGCCGCUCAAAAUGUUUAUAUUAGCCUCUAGAUGUUUCUGCUACGUCAGUUUAAUUCCGACAAAAAAGUCUAGAUGAUUCUAUAAUGGAGUGACUAAUACCGUCUAUUCCAGUACACAAAGAUAUUAACAGAAAAGUGAGCGAAGCUGACCCUUUACUUCGUAGCUGCAUGCUGAAAUAGCUCCCUAACCCAAAUGGGUUUAAAAAAAAAGCAAAAAUUUAAUAUAUUUCCUCAAAAUAAUUGUACAAGUAAAACUGUAUUUGUAUUUCGUUGAUAGGAUUAGUAGAUAAAGCAGCGAAAGCAGUUCCACCCCAAUUAUAUCGAACAAAACCACUCUUGCUCUAGAAA